GACUCGAGGCAGGCCGAGUCAGGCCGAGGCUCGAGAGUCGUCCAGGCGUUUUCGGCUGGAAGCAGUCCCUUGGAAACCACCCCGAAGCCCGUCGUCGCUUCACCAGUCUAUCGUCGAUCCAUCCUCCAGUCCUUCUCUACCGUUUACAACAGCUUCAUCCCCUUGCGAGCGCGAGCGAGAUCGAAGUAUUGGUACUCCAACUAUCCCACGAGGAGAUAGCAAGGAAUCGGGACUGAGGCGAGGGGCACAAGCAGAGACAUGGACAAUGUGCAAAUGAUCGGCACUAAAAUCACAGCGAUCAAGGAAUACUUAUAUAAUUUCGCCCGGACACACUCACCGACCAGACUAAUGAGUUCCGAAAACACGUACUCGCUCUCUAGGGAGCACUGUAACCUGAAAUAUUCGGAUAUCCUGCCGCAGAAUGCCGAAGGUUAUCCAGCAACCAAGGAAUUCCUGAUGAAGGUAGUGGAUAUUCUAUUGGAUUUUAUCAAAUCAACGAAUGACAGAACUGCGAAGGUACUCGAUUUCCAUCAUCCCUCCGAAAUGAUGCGCCUCCUGGAUCUCGAAAUUCCCGACUCUGGUUUGACUCUUCAGCAGCUUCUCAUUGAUUGUUCCACCACCUUAAAGUAUCAAGUUAAAACUGGUCAUCCUCAUUUCUUCAAUCAAUUAUCCUGCGGUCUUGAUAUCGUUUCGAUGGCUGGUGAAUGGCUGACAGCGACAGCCAACACGAACAUGUUCACCUACGAAAUCGCGCCGGUGUUCAUUUUGAUGGAGCACGUGGUGCUUCAGAAAAUGAGGGAGCUCAUUGGUUGGAACGGUGGUGAUUCCAUCCUUGCACCAGGAGGUUCCAUCAGCAAUCUUUAUGCUUUUCUCGCUGCCAGACACAAAAUGUUCCCCGCUUACAAGGAACGAGGCCUCGCUGCUAUCGGGGGACAGCUAGUUAUGUUUACGUCUGACCAGUGCCAUUAUUCGGUGAAAUCAUGCGCCUCUGUCUGUGGACUGGGAACGGACAACUGUGUGAUGGUUCCCAGCGAUGAUCGAGGACGCAUGAUCCCAUCGAAGUUGGAAGAAUUGAUUCUGGAACGCAAGGCUAGAGGACAUAUUCCCUUCUUUGUGAACGCUACCGCAGGAACGACCGUCAUCGGAGCAUUCGAUCCUAUUCCAGAAAUCGCCGAUAUUUGCCAGAGACACAAGCUCUGGCUACACAUCGACGCGGCUUGGGGUGGUGGACUGCUUCUUUCAAGGAAAUACAGACAUCCCCGAAUGACAGGAAUCGAACGAGCCGACUCCGUAACCUGGAACCCGCACAAACUCAUGGGAGCGUUGCUUCAGUGUUCGACGAUUCACUUCAAGGAGGACGGAUUGCUGAUUAGCUGCAACCAAAUGUCCGCAGAGUAUUUGUUCAUGACAGACAAACUGUACGACGUGAAGUACGACACCGGUGAUAAGGUGAUUCAAUGCGGACGUCAUAACGACAUCUUCAAGCUUUGGUUGCAAUGGCGAGCCAAGGGUACAGAAGGAUUUGAGAAGCACAUGGACCGGCUGAUGGAACUCUCAGAGUACAUGGUCAGGCGGAUCAAACAGAUGUCUGAUAAAUAUUAUUUGAUACUGGAACCUGAAAUGGUGAACGUCUGCUUCUGGUACCUGCCAAUACGCGUUCGGAACAUGCCACAUACUCAGGAGAGGAUCAAGAUCCUUGGAGAUAUUUGCCCCAUUUUGAAAGGCCGGAUGAUGCAAUCUGGAACACUGAUGGUCGGCUACCAGCCGGACGAUCGACGGCCCAAUUUCUUCAGAAAUAUUAUCUCGAGUGCCGCGGUAACGGAAGCGGACGUCGACUUCCUGCUGGAUGAAAUGGACCGGUUAGGCCGUGAUCUGUAAGAAACCCGCCCGUUCUAAUUAAUUGCAUAAUCAGCCGCCGCGAUGCAGUUGAUUAUAUCGCGACAUCGUAUCGAAAGUGAUUCCAGCUGAUAUUAGAAAUUCAUUUAAUGAGCAGGAGAAUCGCGUCGCGUUUCAUUACGUGUACAAAAUUCGGAAGCCAAAUUCGGGACUCGCAUUCAUAAUUACUAUCCUAAACAGUGUGUACCGGCUCUCUCCUUUUCUCUUGCAGACCAAAAAACAUAUUCGUUGUUUUAUUUUAUUUCUUCUUUUAGUAAAAACUUUUAGAUUUAGUUAAUUUCUAAAAAUUAAAUAAAAGAUCAGUUUUUAUUCACAUCAAAGAAUAUCUCUCUUACUUAAACUAAACUAAAUUUCACUUGAGAAAACUUUUGUUGAAAUUUCUAUUGCUACUAUCCAGAGCUUAACUUGAAUUUGGAUUUUUGGUACAAUAUCUGCAUCUAGGGAAAUGAAAAUUAAAAUUAAAAUUAUAAUAGACGAUCGUUUCGUUUGAAUAUUCUUUAAAUGUUCGAGCUUGAAAUUGACGACAGAAGAGAGUCGGUCACCGAAUCAUCGUUCGUAGCACGAGAAACGCUUCUUCAGCAUAUUACAAGGCAGCUACUGAAGAUCGAAGGAUACUCAUAGCAUGUAAGUUCUUUAGGUGUAAGCGUACAGCACAUCCACGAAACGAAGAAUCAAGUUACAAAGCUCUAGCGAUGCUUCCGGCCGUAAAUGUUAGUAGUUUUCAUUCCUUGGCGCUAUACCUAUUCACUAGAAAAGAAAAGGGAAACGAAGGAGUAGCAACGACGCGUUUUCAUCAUAGAUUGAAACAAUAGUAAAAUAUAGUUAAUCGCGCUUAUAAUGACCGAGAGUUCGUUUAAUUAAUAUUUUAUUUCUUAGUGAAAAUACAUGACAACACGCUGCAACAGUUGGCUCCGUAUCAGAACGUUAUUCAGAGUUACAGGAUUUAGAAAGAAGAUAGUCGAAAAUUGGUUUUGAUUACAUCAUUAACGUUGCGUAUGCCUCACAGGGAGGCAAUAAGUAAAAUAAAUAUAUUACGAGAAUAGUCACGAACGGAAAAAGAAACUCAAAAGAACAUUGAAUUAAUUAAAAAUUCGUUCGAAGAGAACGAGAUAGAUGUACAAAAUAUUUUUACUUGCAUCGGUACACUGCGGAGUAAUAUAGAGAUAAAAAAUGAUAUUAGUUCGCUUAGAAAUGAUGCGCGUUAAUUUGUUGAGAGACUAAAUGAAUUUGUUACUUAUUGAUCGUUUGCAAAACUAUAAAAUAAAGAGGGCAGGCCUGCAUACAUUAUUAUUAUUAUAUACAAAAUGUACGUAUGUUAUUAUUUAUUAUUUAAGAGUUUCACCACUAACGGAGAGUAAUAUUUAUUAAUAUACA